ACCGUCUGGCUGUACAGGAGACAGUAGAAGGGUCAGAGCCGGCAGCAGCAGCAGCAGCGCAGUAUGUGACAGGUGAUGUCCUUCCGGCUGCCCCCAACUGCACUAAGCCUCAAGCAGUUCCUGCUCCGGCAGCAGGUGCUGGGCCUGUACAGGAGGAUCCUACGGGCCGUGCGGCAAAUUCCUGAUCCUGCCGACCGGAAGUACAUGGAGGACUGGGCCAGGGGCGAGUUCAAGAGGAACAAAACAGCCACAGAUGAGGCCACGGUGCGAAUGAUGAUCACUCAAGGACAGCGCCAGGUGCAAGGCUUGGAGACGUCGCUUCAGCUGGCCAAGUCCUAGCGCCGUCCACUGAUCCCCAGUUUACACCGGUGUGGGAGAACUGGUGACCUCGCAGGCUGUGCGUCAUUCUGCAUCGCUGCCACAUACCCUGUGACAUCAGAGACUGUGUGUCAUGCCGCCGGAGGGGGCGGUCAGUGACUCAGCCAGCUUCUGGCACACUGAUGGGAAGCGUGUGACGGGAACCGGCGCUGUAACAUCAGACCCCUGUGGAUGCAGCGAUCCCGCUGCUGUGACCGAGCGAGCGCUGGACAAUUAAAACGUUUUCAACAGAAUAA